CAACUCUAAAUUAACCUCAUCAGACUGUCUAAAAAGAAAAAAGAAAUCAUAACAUAAACCAUAACAUAAACCAUUAAAAUAAUCAUGUCAUCCGCAAUCGAAUCAAAUAACGUAUCCCCUGUUCCCGCUGUUGCGGCUGCUGCUGCUGCUGUAGACAAAGCAGACAAGGCGCAAGAUCUGCAGAUCAAAAGUGAGGCCUCACUGCUGAAGGUACACAAAGAGAAGAAGCCCGCAAAGAAAGUCUCUGAGGCAGCCUAUCCUCUUGAGGUAUCUCCUGCGCCGGAGUACGUCGCCCACCGCAUCGGCAUUUUUGAAAGGCUCAAGCAAGAAGCUGAUGAACUAGCCUCUGCUCAACCUCGAAUUCCUAUCUCAGUCACGAUGCCUGAUGGUUCCAAACGUGAGGGCAUUGCUUGGCAGACGUCCCCCAUGGGCAUCGCUAAAUCAAUUGCAAAGAGUCUUGCAGAGCGAGUGGUUGUCGCCAAGGUUGAUAAAGUCCUGUGGGACCUCGAAAGGCCACUUGAAAGCUCUUGUGAACUCGAGUUAUUGGAUUUUGAAAACAGUGAAGAAGGCCGAGCAGUCUUCUGGCAUUCAUCAGCCCAUGUGCUGGGAGAAGCAUGCCAGAAACACUAUGGAUGCCAUCUCUGCCUCGGACCUCCUAUUGAUGAUGGCUUUUACUAUGAGAUGGCCAUGAGGGAUGAGCGCUUGGUCUCCCAAAACGAUUACGAAAGCCUGGAGAUGUUAGCGAAAAGCAUUAUUAAGGAAAAGCAGCCAUUUCAGCGGCUUGAAGUUAAGAAGGAGGAUCUCUUGGAAAUGUUCAAGCAUAAUCAAUACAAGGUUCAAUUGAUCCAGUCCAAAAUCCCAGAUGGAUCGGUUUCGACGGUCUAUAGAUGUGGCCCCUUGAUCGAUCUCUGCCGCGGCCCUCAUGUCCCUCACACGGGUGUCAUCAAGGCCUUUGCUGUCUUGAAAAACUCUGCCUCCUAUUUCCUUGGUGAUCCUAAAAACGAUUCUCUCCAGCGUAUCUAUGGUGUUUCCUUCCCCGAUGCCAAGCUCAUGGUUCAAUAUAAAGCCAUGCUGGAGGAAGCUGCCAAACGUGACCACCGUAAAAUCGGUCGCGAUCAAGAGCUCUUUUUCUUUCACGAACUCUCACCGGGAUCCUGCUUCUUCCUCCCCCAUGGCGCUCGGAUUUACAAUACGCUCAUGGAAUUCAUCAAGUCCGAAUACUGGAAGCGUGGUUAUACGGAAGUGAUGUCGCCAAACAUGUUUAACGUCAAGCUUUGGCAUAUGUCCGGGCACUGGGAUAACUACAAAGAGGACAUGCUCAUGUUUGAUGUGGAGAAUGUUCAGUUUGGACUCAAGCCCAUGAACUGCCCUGGCCAUUGUCUCAUGUUUGGUGUCCGCGAGAGAUCGUACCGUGAACUACCACUCCGAUUCGCAGAUUUCGGAGUCCUGCAUCGAAACGAAGCCUCGGGGGCGUUAACGGGGCUGACGAGAGUAAGACGAUUCCAACAGGAUGAUGCUCAUCUGUUUUGUAGACUGGACCAACUUGGAGAAGAGAUGGAUGCAACGCUAGACUUUUUGCAGUAUGUUUACGGAAUCUUUGGAUUUGAGUUUUCUUUGGCGUUGUCGACGCGACCGGAGAAAUAUUUGGGCAAGCUAGAGCAAUGGGAGCUUGCAGAAAAGCAUUUAAUGGACGCGCUUAAUAGAUUCGGCCGCCCUUGGUCAGUUAAUCCGGGUGACGGUGCAUUUUAUGGUCCAAAGAUCGAUAUCCUGAUUCGAGACUCUCUUCGACGGAAUCAUCAAUGCGCCACGUUACAGCUCGAUUUCCAGCUUCCUGAGCGUUUCAAUCUACAAUAUCGCAACAAUGGUGGUGAGAUUUCAGACUUUUCACGUCCAAUUAUUAUCCAUCGUGCAAUGCUAGGUUCACUUGAGCGGAUGAUUGCGAUCCUUACGGAGAACUGUGCCGGACGUUGGGAUUUCUGGCUUUCACCACGGCAGAUUCAAAUUGUCCCUGUGGCUGCUGCGUUGUUGCCUUAUGCAGAGUCUGUGCGGAAGCGCUUGCACGAUGCCGGGUACUUUGUGGAUGUGGAUGCCUCUGACUCGACGAUCAAUAAAAAGAUUCGAAAUGCGGAGCUGGCACAUUACAACUUUAUUUUUGUGGUGGGUGCUCAGGAAGAGGCAUCAGGGUCGGUCAAUGUAAGAUCAAGAGAUGCUGAGGAGAGCAAGAAGGCCAAGGGUGAGGUCAGGUCUCUGGAUGAAGUCAUGGACAAGCUGAAGGAGUUGAGGGAUUUAAAAGCAAAGCGAAGUUGUAUCUAAUAUGCAUAUAGGCAGUUAGGCAGUUGAAAGGGUUCUGUUUAUUUCCAAAAAAUUACAUCUUUGUUGUACAAAAGAACUUUGGUCCAGUUCCCACUACACAGUUCCAGAUUAUAAAAGUGGUAAUAAACUGUUGAUGCUUCAUUAUGCAGUCGGUGUUUCCCAUGUGAGCAUGUCAUGUAAGGAGAAAAAGGG